AAGCACGUGAACUGCCCAAAACUUGCCUGCAAAAAUUUCCUUCGCUUUUGCUUUUAUGAAAAUCCUAUUGUUCUCUCUGAUCAAUCCUCACACCCUUUCAGUCCAAUCACUUCACUGAAAAAAAAAAAGCAAGUUUUCCCAAGAUAAAUAAUAUAUUUAUCAACAAUAAUACACACACAAAAAAAAAAAAAAAAAAAAUUUCUUGAAAACCAUCUUCCUUUUAAAUUUACAGUCUGUGAUGCCUUGGCGUUUUGUUUAGGACCUUUUGCACCGGUAAAUGCCAUCUGAUUCGUAAUUGAUAGAGAUUUUGCGAUGCUGAAAAUUUGAAUAAUACUAAUUAGAGUAGUGAAGCUAAAAAUCGCCAGCAAAAGCAAAUGGAAUUUGUGGGGAUCAGUUUCAUAUACGAAAAUUCCCAGAUCUCAAGAAUCUCAGAAUUUCAGCCCUAGUCUCUGUUUUUACUUUUUCAAGAAAAUUCUCUUCAUUUUCUUGGUUUCACCCACCUGCAAUUGGGUUCUUAUUUUCUUGAACAAGAUUGAAACUUUUUAUCAUAUGGGUUCUUAUUUUUGAGGCACAAAGAGUGAAUUCAAGAUUCUUUUGGAGACAAGCAGAAAAAUAGCAUUUCUUUAUAGGGUAGUUGUGGAUAUGCUUCAAGAGGUUCUGAUUCUGGGAGUCUACCUUUUGCUGUGAGCUGUUUUCAUAAUAAGGUAAUGUGAAGGAAAUGAAGUUAAGUGUGAGAAUGACUUAUUCUCUUAAGCGUUUGAAGAGAAAGUGAAAUUGAAAAAGCAUGGAGAAAAGGGAGUUUCUUUUCUGGAAAGUGGGAUUGAUAUUUUUAGCAAUCAUAGAUGGUUCUUCUGCAACGCUGUCUCCUUCUGGUAUAAAUUAUGAAGUUGUAGCUUUGAUUUCUAUAAAGAAUGAUUUAAGCGAUCCGUAUAAUGUUCUGGAGAAUUGGGAUGCUAAUUCUGUAGAUCCUUGUAGUUGGAGGAUGAUCACCUGUUCCCAAGAUGGUUAUGUUUCUGCUUUAGGGCUACCUAGCUUGGGAUUGUCAGGGAAAUUAUCGCCUGGAAUUGGGAAUCUCACUAAUUUGCAAUCUGUAUUGCUGCAGAACAAUGACAUUUCUGGUCCUAUUCCUCCUGUAAUUGGGACGUUGGAGAAGCUUCAGGCACUCGAUCUCUCAAACAAUAAAUUCAUUGGCGGAAUACCAAGUUCUCUAGGAGACCUCAAGAAUUUAAAUUAUUUGCGGCUUAGCAAUAACAGCCUUUCUGGACAAAUUCCAGGCACUCUUUCUAAUGUCAAAGGCCUCACUCUGGUGGACUUAAGUUUCAAUAAUCUUAGUGGUACUGUGCCGAAAAUUUCUGCAAGAACGUUCAAAAUAGUUGGGAAUCCUUCAAUAUGCAGGCAGAGUUCUCAAAACAAUUGUUCUGUUGUCCUUCCAGAACCAUUGUCCUUCCCACCGGAUACUAUGAAAGAAUCUGGAGGAAAAAGCCAUAUAGCUGUUGCUUUUGGAACAAGCUUUGGGGCUGCAUUUUUAGUUGUAUUUGUUAUUGGGUUGCUUGUUUGGUGGCGAUAUAGGCGCAAUCAGCAGAUUUUCUUUGAUGUUAACGAUCAAUAUGAUCCAGAGGUACGCUUAGGUCAUUUGAGAAGUUAUACCUUUAAGGAGCUCCGAGCUGCAACUGACCAUUUCAACACGAAGAAUAUAUUGGGGAAGGGAGGAUUCGGGAUUGUGUACAAGGGCCGUUUAAAUGAUGGGACUGUGGUGGCUGUCAAAAGGUUAAAGGACUAUAAUGUUGCUGGUGGUGAAAUUCAGUUUCAGACAGAGGUAGAGAUGAUUAGUUUAGCUGUCCAUCGAAAUCUUCUUCGUCUCUGGGGUUUCUGUUCAACUGAAAAUGAGCGGCUUCUCGUUUACCCAUAUAUGCCAAAUGGUAGUGUGGCGUCUAGGUUGAAAGAUCAUGGCCAUGGGAGGCCGGUAUUAGACUGGUCUAGGCGGAAAAGGAUUGCUUUAGGUACAGCAAGAGGACUAGUAUAUUUGCAUGAACAAUGCGAUCCCAAAAUUAUUCAUCGUGAUGUGAAAGCAGCCAACAUUUUGUUGGACGAAGAUUUUGAGGCAGUUGUUGGGGAUUUUGGAAUGGCAAAGCUCCUGGACCACCGGGAUUCUCACGUUACCACAGCCGUUCGUGGCACGAUUGGCCACAUUGCGCCGGAGUAUUUAUCGACCGGUCAAUCUUCGGAAAAGACUGAUGUCUUUGGGUUCGGAAUUUUACUUCUUGAGUUAAUUACCGGUCACAAGGCCGUGGACUUUGGACGGGGAGCCAACCAAAAAGGGGUGAUGCUCGAUUGGGUAAAGAAGCUCCAUCAAGAUGGUAAGCUGAACCUUAUGGUGGACAAAGAUUUAAAGAACAAUUUUGACAGGGUAGAAUUAGAAGAAAUGGUCCAGGUUGCUCUCCUUUGUACUCAGUUUAAUCCUUCCCAACGUCCUAAAAUGUCGGAAGCAUUAAGGAUGUUAGAGGGUGAUGGUCUAGCAGAAAAAUGGGAGGCAUCACAAUCAGUUGAGACAACUCCGAGGUAUGGAAAUCCUCUACAAAGAUAUUCCAAUUUCAUCGAAGAAGCCUCUCUUGUGAUUGAAGCAAUGGAGCUCUCAGGCCCAAGAUAAUGCUCGUUUAUCUCUUUCUUCUAUAUAUAUGUUCUUGAUCGAUAUCAUAUAUUUUUGUGCUUUUUCUGGAAAACAUCAACUUCUGUUAAUAGCAAUUGAAAUGGGUGAAAUGGAGAAGCGUUACUGGAAUUUUGUGUGAUU